AUGGCCGGAUUAUUAAAUAUUACUAAUGAUACUUAUGACACGAAUGAUUCAUUCAAUUACUUAUCAACUACGAGUCAAAUAAUACAUGGUAUUUUACUGUUUAUCUAUUUUAUCUUUGGUAUAGUUGGCAAUACUCUUAAUAUUUUUCUUUUUAUUCGUUCAGUUUUAUCUCGAACGUCAAGUUCUGUCUAUUUACUGUCUGGAUGCAUCGGUGAUCUAUCUGUCACUAUUUUUGUUAUUCCUUUUCGAUUUUUUGCUGAUGGUUUCAAUCUUGAUCUAACAUCCUAUUCAUUAUUCUCCUGUCGAUUGGUCUCCUAUUUGUAUUAUGUUGCUUUAACUGUACCACGAUUUUUCAUUAUACUCGCUAAUGCUGAUCGAUGGGCGGCUAGUUGUGUGCAAGCCAAUCGACGAAAAUUUGCUAGCGCCUAUGUAGCAAAACGAUUAGUACCAGUCAUCAUUGUUGUUUGUUGUUUAUUAUACUCACAUAUUUUUGUGACAUUUAUUACAAGUGAUCAACCACCUCCACCCCUUUGUUCAGUUAGUGAAUAUUAUAGCGUUCCUGUGUUAUCAUUACAACUAAUUAUAUACUCAAUAAUUCCUCCAUUUUUCAUGGCAUUCUUUAGUAUCGGUAUAAUCUAUAAUACAAUCCAACGAAGACAUCGUACAGCAGCUACACUUCAACUAGUAACUAUAUCAGCUACGAACACUACGAUUCGUCGAAAGCGUCCUCGACUCAAUCAGAUGCAAGUGAUGCUUAUUUGUCAAGCAAUGAUCGAAUGUGUCUUAACACUUCCAUUUAGCAUAAUUAAUUUUGUAUCGCUUAUGAUCGAUAAUGAUGAUAGUUUUCUUACUCUCUAUUCAUUUCUUCGUCUGAUCAUAUUUAUCAAUUAUAUAUCAUCCUUUUAUAUCUACAUGUCGAGUUCCAAAUUGUAUCGAGAUGAGUUUAAAAAACUAAUCAAACGUCUUUUCAAUCGUCAAUGA